AUGGCUGAAUUAACAAAGGGGUCUUACAAAAAAGUGGCCUGGGAACUGAGUGUUGGAAUUAUCCAACUGAUAUUGGGAUGUCUUUGCAUACCAGGGCCGAAAGGAUCAAGUUUUGUUUACGCAAAUCAAGACGAUGAAAAAGUUCGCAAGUUGGAGAAAAAAGUUUUCAAACUGGAAAGCGAGGUUACCGUUCUGGAAACAGCGUUGGCAGACUUAGCGAAAAGACUUCUGGUUGUGGAGCAGAAACCAGAAUUACUGCCACCAAAAGCGUCAGCCAUUUUUCCGAACCCUUCAAACGAACCCGAACUUCAUGCUCAGCAUCCAGUUCACAGCCAACAACAAACCACCGUGUACGUAACAAAAGAUCUGGGCAUGCCUCCGCCGAAUCCCGUGCCCCAGUACGGCCCGGACAAGAUUGUCAUACCAAUUUCCUCUCUCUACCCUGGAGGGGCAAGUAGUGUAAGCAUACCUUCCUCCUCCCAACAUGUAGAAGUCGGUCGUCAAGAGACCAAAGGUGGGUUUGUACAGCGACUGAUAAAGAUAUCUUCCCCUUUAUACACUAUCUCGUUUCAUUUUGUAGCGAUCUGCAUGCCAAGAUGUCAAAAUGGUGGAAGAUGCUUUCACAGAAACAUUUGCAGAUGUCCGACCUUUUUCACGGGGGACCAUUGCGAGCGGUUCUCUCUCAGGGACCUGCUGGAAAGCCCAGCCCCUCGAGAAAGGCCCUACAGAAAGCUCCAACGAUUAGUGGUCUCCGAACCGCCAGACCGACAAGUGAUAGAUGGAACCUUAAACUUGGAUCCAGGUUCCCCAGCACUCGAAUACAGAGACUUGAAUCAGGAUCUGGUGCCUGGUAAAGAAUACGUUGCUAAGCAACAAGCAGUCGAAGUUGCGUCGCCUAGCAACGGUGCAGAAGUCGAUGGCCCUGCCAGGAGAAGGCAAUUGAUUCUCGAAAUCUAGGGAAAGUUCUCUCUGAACAUAAAUUUAAAUUGAUUGCAACAAUCUAUAGUUUAGGGUUUAGGGGAAAAAUGUCGCGAGUUGUGUGCAUUUUUUCUGGCAGACAUUU